CGCGGCCUGUGAGGCAGUAAACCCCCCUCGGCCUCGGCCCCCUUCCUCCUCCUUUCUCUCAGCUCCGUCUCCUCCCCUCCCCUCGCAGUCUCGCGCGCGGGUGAAUGUGGCGCGGCGGCGCGGGACGCAGCCGAGGCCCCUGCCGAGGCCCCGCCGGCUCGUGAGGACGCCGGGUCGCCGGCCGCCCCCGGCCCCUGCGCUCCCUCAGGGAGCCGCCGCCGCUGGGGGAGAAGAGCGCGGAGGGGAGCCAAGGGACGGCGGUGGGAAAGGCGCGGGGGGGAGCAGAAGGCUCGAGGACUAGUAGAGAAGGCGGGGAGGGACGGACGGAAGGACGGACGACCCGACGGACGGCCGGGAGAGCGGGCAGCCAUCGAGCCUGCGGGCCGACUGCGGCGGCGGCGGCGGCGCGAGCGAAGGGCGCGGCAGGCGCUCUCGAGACAAUAACCUCGCCGCCCGGCUCCGGGGGCGGCGGCGAGGAGGUGGCGGCCUAGCGCGGCCGAGGCUCGCCCCGCGCCCCGGUGGCUUCUCUACCUGGGCCGCGGGGCUUCGGGCGCCGUCGGGUGUGCGUGGCGCGCCGGUCCGCGGGGGCCGGAGCCGGAGCCUGUCGGCGGACACCCCCGCCUCCGCCCUCCCCCUCCGGGGCGCGCGGAGCUGGUUUUCCGGGUUCCCCUGGACCGAGCUGGAUCCUGCUUCUCGCCGAGGCAGGAAGUGAGUUUCGCACGGUAAUUCCGGGCGGUGUCACGAGUGAAAAGUUUUUUUUUUUUUUUUGGUAAUAUUCGGCGGAGACCCGAGUCGGGGCUGGGAAACUCUUGCAAAACUCAAGAGCAGAAGCCCCUCCCGCUCCGCAUCCCCCAUCGGAGCCACUGCGGCGGGGGCCGCCGCACAGCCGCCCGCCCUCCCGGGGGGAGAAGAAGUUCGCCCGGAUCGCGAGUGACCGACGAAGGAAGGAAAUCAUGUCAGGCGAAGCCUUGAGAGAGCUGCCCUGAGACUCCGGCCGGCCGGAAGAAUGUUGACUCAAUUAAACAUCAGGGAGACAAAUUCAAUCCAGUGUAUCUAAAAAUGACUACGAAACGAAGUUUGUUUGUGCGGUUGGUACCAUGUCGCUGUCUACGAGGGGAAGAGGAGACUGUCACUACCCUUGAUUAUUCUCAUUGCAGUUUGGAACAGGUUCCUAAAGAGAUCUUUACUUUUGAAAAAACCUUAGAGGAGCUCUAUUUAGAUGCUAAUCAGAUUGAAGACCUUCCAAAGCAACUUUUUAACUGUCAGUCUCUGCACAAACUGAGCUUGCCAGACAACGAUUUAACAACAUUACCAGCAUCUAUUGCAAAUCUCAUUAAUCUCAGGGAACUGGAUGUCAGCAAGAAUGGAAUACAGGAAUUUCCAGAAAAUAUAAAAAAUUGUAAAGUUUUGACAGUUGUGGAGGCCAGUGUAAAUCCCAUUGCCAAGCUUCCUGAUGGAUUUUCUCAGCUGUUAAACUUAACCCAGCUGUACCUGAACGAUGCUUUCCUUGAGUUCUUACCAGCUAAUUUUGGCAGAUUAACUAAGCUCCAAAUAUUAGAACUUAGAGAAAACCAGUUGAAAAUGCUUCCAAAAACCAUGAAUAGGUUGACUCAGCUGGAAAGACUGGAUUUGGGAAGCAAUGAAUUCACAGAAGUGCCUGAAGUACUCGAACAACUAAGUGGAUUGAAAGAAUUUUGGAUGGAUGGUAAUAGACUAACUUUUAUUCCAGGGUUUAUUGGAAGUUUAAAACAGCUCACAUAUUUGGAUGUUUCUAAAAAUAAUAUUGAAAUGGUUGAAGAAGGAAUUUCAGCAUGUGAAGGCCUUCAAGAUCUUCUGCUGUCAAGCAAUUCUCUUCAACAGCUGCCUGAGACUAUUGGUUCACUGAAGAAUGUAACAACUCUUAAAAUAGAUGAAAAUCAAUUAAUGUAUCUACCGGACUCUAUAGGAGGGUUAGUAUCAAUAGAAGAACUGGACUGUAGCUUCAAUGAAAUUGAAGCUUUGCCUUCCUCUAUUGGCCAGCUUACUAAUAUAAGAACUUUUGCUGCAGAUCAUAAUUUCUUGCAACAGUUACCACCCAAGAUUGGAAGUUGGAAAAAUAUAACUGUGCUAUUUCUCCAUUCCAAUAAACUUGAGACACUUCCAGAGGAAAUGGGUGAUAUGCAAAAACUAAAAGUGAUUAAUUUAAGUGACAAUAGGUUAAAGAAUUUACCCUUUAGCUUUACAAAGCUACAACAAUUGACUGCUAUGUGGCUCUCUGAUAAUCAGUCCAAACCCCUGAUACCUCUUCAAAAAGAGACUGACUCGGAGAUACAGAAAAUGGUGCUCACUAACUACAUGUUCCCUCAACAGCCAAGGACUGAAGAUGUUAUGUUCAGUUCAGAUAAUGAAAGUUUUAAUCCUUCAUUGUGGGAGGAACAGAGGAAGCAGCGGGCUCAAGUGGCAUUUGAAUGUGAUGAAGAUAAAGAUGAAAGGGAGGCACCUCCAAGGGAAGGAAAUUUAAAGAGAUAUCCAACACCAUAUCCAGAUGAACUUAAAAAUAUGGUUAAAACUGUCCAAACCAUUGUACAUAGAUUAAAAGAUGAAGAGACUAAUGAAGAUUCUGGCAAAGAUUUGAAACCACACGAAGACCAGCAAGUUGUAAAUGAUAUUGGUGUAAAGACUUCAGAAAAUACUACUCCAGUAAGAAGCAAAGCUGAUGAAAAAGAAACAUACGUGAUAGGAAACUCCAUACAGAAGUCCAGUGAAUCUGAAGCUGAGAUCAGUUCUGAGAAUCUGCUAGUGGCUGCAAAUGUGAAAGCCUCUGAGAACUUUAAGCAUAUUGUAAAUCAUAAUGAUGUAUUUGAGGAAUCUGAGGAACUUUCUUCUGAUGAAGAGAUGAAAAUGGCAGAGAUGCGACCACCAUUACUUGAAACCUCUAUUAACCAGCCAAAAGUGGUAGCACUUAGUAAUAACAAAAAAGAUGAUGUGAAGGAUACGGAUUCGUUAUCAGAUGAAGUCACACACAACAGUAAUCAGAAUAACAGCAACUGUUCUUCUCCGUCUCGGAUGUCUGACUCAGUUUCUCUUAAUACUGAUAGUAGUCAAGACACUUCACUCUGCUCUCCAGUGAAACAAAUUCAUAUUGGUUUAAAUUCUAAAAUCAGGCAAGAAGAUGAAAAUUUGAACAGUCUUUUACAAAAUGGAGAUAUAUUAAACCAUUCAUCUGAGGAAAAAUUCAAGAUUCAUGAUAAAAAAGAUUUUAAGUUACAUGAAUAUGAUUUGAAUAUUGAAGAACGAUUAGUUCUUAUUGAGAAAGGUGUUGACUCAAUGGCUACAUCUAAUGAAUCUCACAAAUUAGAUCAUAUUAACAUGAAUCUUAAUAAACUUGUAACUAAUGAUACAUUUCAGCCAGAGAUGGAAAGAUCAAAGACACAGGAAACAGGCUUUUUAAACAUUAACACUAAAGGAGAAGCCGAGCUCUUGGAAAACGGAAACAAAUAUCCUAAGCUGGAAUGCAUAAAUAAGGUAAAUGGACAUUCUGCAGAUCCUCAGAAUUCUCCUGGGAGGACUGAACCCCAUGACACUGAUUCUUCUGUUGAUACGGGUAUUUCCAAAAGCACUGAAGAUCUCUCGCCUCAGAAGAGUGGGCCAAGAGGACCUGUUGUGAAAUCUCAUAGCAUCACUAAUAUGGAGACUGGGGGGUUAAAAAUCUAUGACAUUCUUAGUGAUAAUGGACCUCAGCAGCCAAGUGCGGCAAUAAAGGUAACAUCUACUAUUGAUGGAAAAAAUAUAGUUAGAAGCAAGUCUGCUACACUUUUGUAUGAUCAACCGUUGCAGGUAUUUAGUGGUUCUUCUUCAUCAUCUGAUUUAAUAUCAGGUACAAAGGCAGUUUUUAAGUUUGAUUCAAAUCAUAAUCCUGAAGAGCCAAAUAUAAUAAGAGGCCCUACAACAAGUGGUCCACAAUCUACACCACAAAUCUAUGGUCCUCCAGGUCCUCCACAAUAUAAUAUCCAGUAUAGUAGCAGUGCUACAGUCAAGGACACUUUGUGGCACUCCAAACAAAAUCCUCAGAUAGAGGUCAGUUUUCCUCCUCAGCAGCGCCUUCCAAGGUCAGAGAGCACAGAAAAUCACAGCUAUGGUAAACAUUCUGCCAACAUGAAUUUCUCUAACCAUAACAACGUUCGAGCUAAUACCGGAUACCUUUUACAUCAGAGACUUGGUGCAGGAAGACAUGGGGAAAUGUGGGCCAUGUCACCCAAUGAUCGACUUAUUCCUGGACCAGCUCGAGCUACAAUUCAGCGGCAAAGUAGUGUGUCUUCUACAGCCUCUGGAACUCUUGGUGAACCAGGUUCCACAAGGCGGGCCCAAAUUCCUGAAGGAGAUUAUUUAUCAUACAAAGAGUUACAUUCAGUGGGAAGAACUACUCCAAUGAUGUCAGGAUCACAAAGACCUCUUUCUGCACGCACAUACAGCAUUGAUGGUCCAAGUGCAUCAAGGCCUCAGAGUGCUCGACCCUCUGUUAGUGAAAUACCAGAGAGAACUAUGUCAGUUAGUGACUUCAAUUAUUCACGGACUAGUCCUUCAAAAAGGCCAAAUACAAGGGUCGGUUCUGAGCAUUCUUUACUAGAUCCACCAGGAAAAAGUAAAGUUCCUCAUGAUUGGCGAGAACAAGUACUACGACACAUUGAGGCCAAAAAGCUAGAAAAGAGCAUGCUGUCAAGGUCCUUUAAUUCCAAUCUCAUUGCUGUAAGCAGCUUUCACUAUGGCAGCUCUAGGGAUCUGCACGGCAGCCAAGGCAAUCUUGCCUUGAGUGUUGCAGACGGAAGAGGUUCUGGUGGGCACAUUUUUCGACAUCCUCAGUUAUCCUGUCCAGGAGAUCCCUGUCAAGAUGACAUAUUCAUUUCAGGACAGCAGAGCUACUCGACAGCUGCACUUAGUCACAGAGAUGUACCGCCAGACAGUUUGAUGAAAAUGCCUUUGAGUAAUGGACAGAUGGGCCAGCCUCUCAGGCCUCAGGAAAAUUGUAGUCAAAUACAUCACCCCCUUCCUCAGGCAUCUGUAGCAAGGCAUCCCUCUAGAGAACAACUAAUUGAUUACUUGAUGCUGAAAGUGGCCCACCAGCCUCCAUAUACACAGCCCCAUUGUUCUCCUAGACAAGGCCAUGAGCUGGCAAGGCAUGAGAUUCGAGUGAGAAUAGAAAAGGAUCCAGAACUUGGAUUUAGCAUAUCAGGAGGUGUUGGAGGGAGAGGAAACCCAUUCAGACCUGAAGAUGAUGGUAUAUUUGUGACCAGGGUGCAGCCUGAAGGACCAGCGUCAAAAUUAUUACAGCCAGGUGAUAAAAUUAUUCAGGCUAAUGGCUACAGUUUUAUUAACAUUGAACAUGGACAGGCAGUGUCUUUGCUAAAAACUUUCCAGAACACAGUAGAACUCAUCAUUGUACGAGAAGUUGCCUCAUAAGCACUGUGGACAGAAAAGGGGGGAAGACAAGCAAGAUUUAUUGGAAGAUUCUUGCAGGGGAAAUUAAUAUUUUGACUAUUUUUAUAUAUAAAGAACUCAAAAAAGUAUGUUCAGAUUUGUACAUUCAUAAAAAAAUGGAACUUGUGGUUAGAGGGAAAGAACCACUGUACAGUAUAUAAGGGAGGCUAUUGAAUUCAUAUCAUAUAAAACUUGUUAGGUUUCUAAACAUAGCAGUCCAGGCCACAAAAACAUACAUAGGUUGUUUUUGUAUAGACUGUAGGUUUAUUUUUGGAUUUCAUACACAUGACUGAACUCUGUGCAAGGCUCUAAUUAGCCUUGAUUGUAACUCAGAGACAGAUGGCAGAGCUAUCUAUCUCAUAGCUUUUAUGCCCUUAUUUUUACUCAACUGGUAUUAAUGCUUUUCUGCUCAAACUUUUUUUUAAGUGGGCAAGCUAUUUGAAGUGUUGGCUUUUGCUAUGUGCACAUAGAAUUGAAGAGUGAGUAUGUGAAGGUGGUGCUGGUUGGUUCACUUUCCAAGGCCAGAUUAAAACAGUUAAUUCCUAUAAAAUCUGGAAGCAAAGAAAGAAUAAACAGCUGUAUGUUAAUAUAUUAAUAGAAUUAAUAGAAUAAUGCAAUAAAAAGUAGUGUCUUUUUAAAGAAACAAAAAGACAAUAAUUGCAUUUUUAUAAACUCUACAGAAUCUGUCCUUGUCAUAGCCAUUGACUCUCCACUUGCAACUGGUGAUUCAAUUUUUAGGUUUUUAGUGACAGAAAUUUUUUAACCCAACUGUAGAUGCAUGUCCAUGCAUUUACUAUGUUAUGAAAAUUUCCUCAUUUUUCAAAUGGUGUGCUUUCAAUCUAUUUUAUAAUUAGUACUCCAUUUUAAUCUUAAUUUAUAAUUUUUAUGUUAAGCAGCAAAUGAAACUAAAAUGGCCAGUUAUUAUAAUUGUGUUACUGUAACACAAAAAUGUCUGAUUUAGGAAAGCCUCUUGAUUUUGGCCUCACUUUGCCUUGGUAAAGUACAAGGAGACAUGCUUGGAGCUAGGAAACCAAAGCAAGUUUGUGAAGCUGGCACAAUGAUAGAGAAUUGCUGUGGAGAGUUGUGGAGCAAAGGGAUGGGUCUUUGAGACCUACCAGUAUGUAAAGUUGUUCAAAUAAAGGGCUGUUCCUAUAAGUAAUAUUAAUGUGAACUCAACACUUCUGAGUCUUUAAAGGGUUUCUAAGUGUAUCAUGUAAUAAUGUUUUACCACCAGCUGCCUUUGUUCUUCAUUCAUGUGGUAAAUAUUUGUUAGAAGUCUGUUGAUUUUGUUUAGUCAAACUAUUAAUUUUGUUUUUGUUCUAUGUAAUCAAAUAAAUUUGAGUAACAUGUAAUGGUAAGAAUUAAUGCAUGGUUAUUGGACCAGAUAAAAGUGCCAUAGAAGACCCAUAACUCUUGUUAGCCAAGGAGUCUGGACCCUUUCAUUAGAGCAGUAUUCCAUUAUUGCAAUUCGUUUUUUUUAAUUACUAAAAAUAAUAGUUUUGGAAUUUUUAACCUGUUCUGCUUCAUUUUCCAACUUUGUUUUAAUUAAAACCUUAAUAAAAUUGGCAAAAAACAGUAAAUCUAUAUAUUUGCAAAUGUGAAUUGGAUUAAUUCCUUUCUUGCUAGUCAGAAUUCAGUAGGCAGUACUUUAAAAAAUAUGUGAACUCAAAUGUUGCACUUACUUUAAGAUGUUAUCAAUUGAUUCUUGUACUGUAUAGUUUUAAUAAUAUUGAUUGAAACCCUUUAACAACUCUUUGUAAAUUUUAACUCAUUUCAGUUGAUUUUCAGUACUAUUUACAUAGGAAUUGAUUUUUAUGGAUAUAGUCGAUGAAAUGUGCUGUAUUUUGAUAAAAUUCAUUUAUUGUAUGUGUGUUGUAAUCUCUUUAAAAAAGAAUGACAAACAGCUUCUUUAAGACAAGCCUCAGUGUUGCCUUUAUUCAUAGUUUAUUUUAAAAUAUUAAUUUUGGCACUAUGAAAUAUUUGUUAUUUUUAUUGGUUUUAAUCAACUUUUCACAGUAAGAUUCUGCUUCAAUAAGGAAUGCAUAAAAUAAACGCAAUCAUGACAUUUUCAAGUA